AUGCCAUCAACUUGGACAUUCCGCCAGGCAACAGCAGCAGCAUGUUGCAUCCUCCUGGGCCUGACGACGGCGCAGUCUCCGCCAGCGGCCCCGGAGCGGGGAGACUGCGCGACGAGCCUGCACAUGAUCGCGGCGCGCGGCAGCCUCGAGGCCCCGGGAGCGGGCUUCAUCGGCAAGGUUGCCAAGGACGUGGUGGCGGCGCUGCCCGGGUCCGACUUUGAGCCGCUCGUCUACCCGGCCACGCUCAACAACUACACGACGUCGGAGCAGAACGGCACCGAGGCAAUGUUGAACGCAAUCAUCGACUACGCCACCCGCUGCCCUCAGUCAAAGAUCGCCAUCAUGGGAUACUCGCAGGGCGCGCAGGUCUCGGCCGAUGCCAUCUGCGGCACGAGCGAGUCUACCCCCUUCGCCGAGACUCAGGCUUUGGUGCCGGAGUUUUCUAGCAAAGUCGUCGCCAUCGUCCUGAUGGGCGAUCCAUCGCGCGUCAAGGGAGCCUCGUUCAACCAAGGCAACUCGACAAAGAACGGUGUCUUCCCCCGUAAGAACGUUGCCGGCUGUGGCGACAUGGCCAGCCGCAUGGUGUCCUACUGCGACGAAGACGACCUGUUCUGCGACAGCGGCAAGAGCCUUGACGUUCACGUCCUCUAUGUGCAGAGGUACGGCGACGCCGCAGUCAAGUUCAUCCUCGACAAGGCCAAAGCCGCGGCUCAGCCUGCUGCGCCCGCCGCCCCCGCACCCGCACCUGCCGCCCCGGCUCCUGGCUCCAACGCAACGGCUCCGGUUCCGGCACCGGCCGCCCCUGCCGCGCCUGCUCCUGCCCCUGCUGCACCGGCGCCCGCUCCAGCUUAUCCCAACAAGCCUGCUGUUCACGUGGGAUACAUCGAUUUUGGUGAGACCAAAAAGCGUGCGCUGUCCUUUGUCAGCUAG